AUGUUGACCAAUUUGAUAGAGGAAGGAAAGGUCAAGUGCGACAGGUACUGGCCAGAAGAUGGGAAGAUGAUGUUUGGAGAUAUUAAAGUCAAACUGGCUGUCACACAUGUGUUUGCUGAUUACACGAUCAGAAGAUUGCUGUUAAGUAAGAAAGGCACGGACGUCCAACAGGUGACCCAGUUCCACUUCACGUCAUGGCCGGACAAGGGCGUGCCCAUAACUCCCUGGGCGUUGGUGGACUUUGAGCAGAGGGUGGCCUUCAACCCCACCAGUAGACCUGUGGUCGUCCACUGCAGCGCUGGUGUUGGCCGUACAGGGACAUUUAUCGCACUGAGAAAUGUGAUGAGAGAAGCUGAGGAGACUGGACGUGUUAAUUUCUUACAGACAGUCGCCAGGCUAAGACAGGACAGGAUGAAUAUGGUACAAACAGCGGAACAAUAUGAAUUUCUCCACAAAGCCGCACAAGUAGCAAUAACAUGUAUAGGUACCACAAUCACAGCCUAUGAUGUUGACGUGAAGGUUCAAAAUCUUCUGGACAAAUCUGUGUCAGGGAAAACUAAUCUGGAGAAAGAAUUUAAUUCGGUAUGUGCUGUAAGCGCUGACUUACAGACAGCUGGUAAAGAAGAAGAAAAAGAAAUGAAGGUUUACGAAAACAACCAAGAUGUGGACUUGAUGAGGAAAAACCGGUGCCCAGAGAUAAUGCCGAAUCGCUUGUACCAAGCCAAGCUGUCUAGAAGCAGACCAGAAGACAGCGACUACAUUAACGCGGUUGUCUUUCCUAGCUUCACCAAACUUGAGCAUCAACUGCUGACACAACUGCCCCUGCCAACAACUGUGGAAGACUUCUGGAGGCUGAUUGUUGAGUACAACGUCACGUUGGUGGUGGUGUUUGAUGUGGAUUUGUGCUACACGACAUGGUACUCGUUGACAUUAGGUCACUACCUGCCAGCCUCAGCCAAUGAGAUGUUGAACAUCAGAGACUACACAGUGGAGCUCAAGUCAAGCAACACACACACAUUAUGGGAGGAAAAAACUGUUGUCGUUAGAACUAUGGGACCUCUACAGCUGAAGUCAUUCAAUACACAAGACGGUCACACUGUUCUACACCUACAAAGUAAACUCACCACACUGGACACAAAGACGUUGCUGCAGUUUAUAAAACAAACAAGAAAACACGCAAACAAGAAAGGGAGGGUGAUAUACAUGUGCAGAGAUGGGGCCACCUACAGCGGUCUUGUCUGUGUUUUGAACCUCCUACUAGACAGGAUGGACAAUGACCUACGGCUAGCUGUGCCAUUAGUUGUUGGGGCGGUCAAGUCCAUUCGACCACAGGUCAUUCCUACACUGCAACAGUACCACUGCCUUUAUCAAGUGCUACAAAGAUACAGCGAUACGACGACCACAUACAGCAACCUUGAGAAGAAAUCUGAGAAACUUAUUCAGCAUUUAGAUAAUAAUGUUGAAGACAAUGUACUGUAUGCAAAUACUGAAUAA